AAUUAUUUAGUUCUCACGAAAUGAAAAUGUAAGGCAAUGUUAAAUAACGGAAAUCGACUUUCGAUGUCGUCGUCGGCGGUGAGGUCAUGGAGAACGGCGUUCCUGACCUUGAGGGACGAAAACUCGGCGUCGCCUCCUCGCGCCACCGUCAUCCGCCUCUUUGACAAUCUAAUUUUAUCCCAAUCCGAAUCUCUCGUCGCUGCUGCGCCGCAGUUGCCUCGGCACGAGCUUACAUCCGACUUGAUGCUAUUACUGGAGUUGGCUCGCGACCUCUCUUAUUAUCAACAAGGAAUUUAAGACGUUACUCAGACAUUCGUUAAAUUAUCUGGAUUGAUCCAUGGAAUCAGUCAUUCCUCUUUUCUGGAAAUGAACUCAACAACGUGGGGCAUUGUGCUUGACUCUUUCAAGUGGAUAGUGCAGAUUUUCCUUGGCAGUGUUGAAACAGAGAGGGCAAUUAUUAGAAAUGUUUCUGUAAUUAAACCCACCAAGCAAUGCUUAGAAAGUCUAAGGUGUGGUUACUUUUCAGUUUAUGUCUGACAGCUGCUUCACUCUCUGAAAAUGGGCAACUGCUGAAUUUUGUUCUUGAAGUGGUUGAGUAUUUUCAUGGGGACUUAAAGCAUUCUACUUAUUUAAGUGACAAUUGUUCAAUAUCUAGAGGUGUGCGUGAAGUUCUAACAAUUGCAUUUGCCAUGAUUGGUGAAGUAUACUCCAGAGUAGGUGCUUCUUUGCCUGUUGAAAUCUGGAAGUCAACGGUUGUGGCCCUGAGAAAAGUUAUGGACAUCAUGGCUUCUAAAGGUCUUUUGUUGGAGGAUAAUACCGUUGCCACGUUUUAUGUUGAGCUUCUCCAUUGUCUGCACUUAGUUCUUGCAGAGCCUAGAGGAUAUCUAACAGAACAUGUGGCUGGCUUUGUGGCAUCUUUGAGAAUCUUCUUCCGCUAUGGCCUUGUAAACAAGCCAUUGGUUAUGAAUCAACCAACUAAUCACAUGAAGGGAGUAGGUUCGACAAGCCAAAACAUGCCUUUUGAAGUAUCAAAUCAAUCAAAAAGCAGCCCUUAUAGGCCUCCACACUUGCGAAAAAAGGUUGCAGGCAAUCAACAAGUAAAGAUGAGGAGUGCCUGGUUUCUUCUAAACAUGAAUUUAUUUAAUCGGAUUCAGAUUGCAGUGAUAAUGAUGGAUCAGUAAUGGAUAACAGCAAAGCAUAUUUAACUGAGGCGAGAUUAGCAGCAAUUAUUUGUAUUCAGGAUCUCUGUCGAGCUGAUCCCAAAUUGUUUACAGCCCAAUGGACAAUGCUUUUGCCAUCCAAUGAUGUGCUGCAACACAGGAAAUAUGACACUACUCUGAUGAGUUGCUUUCUUUCCGACCCUUCGUUGAAGGUCCGGAUUGCAGCUGCUUCUACUAUUAUGGCAAUGUUGGAUGGCCCUGCUUCUAUUUCCUUACAGGUAGCAGAGCUUAAAGAGCACUCAAAACAUGGGUCAUUUACCACACUUUCUAGUUCUCUUGGGCAUAUCUUGAUGCAACUUCAUUCAGGUACUUUGUCUUUAAUCAACCAUGAAACCAGUGGUAGAUUGCUGGCAUUGUCGUUUAAAAUCCUAAUGCUUUUGAUAGCAUCUACACCAUAUUCAAGAAUGCCACCUGAGCUGCUCUGUAGGGUUAUCUCUUCACUCCAAUCAACAAUUGAAGAGGGGUUUCCAUAUCAUAAUGAUCGGAAUAGCUUGCUGGCUGCAGCAAUUAUUUGCUUAACCAGAGCUCUUUCUGUGUCUGCCUCAUCGUGUGUCAACAAUAUGCUGCUGGGAGAAGUUUCAACAGGUUGUCAUCUUGAAGGUCAGAAGUCUGGAGUACUGUAUACCCUGUUUCGAUAUUCUGAACGAUUAUCAAACCUAUCAAUAAGCUUAGAGGCACUUCAGGCUCUUAAAUCUUUGUCUCAUAAUUAUCCAAAUGUAAUUACCUUAUGCUGGGAACAUAUUUCCUCCAUCAUUUAUGGAGUAUUGAGCUCAUUCUCUGAUGAGUCUUCAAGACUAUGGAGAGGUAAUGUUGAGCAGACUGCUGCACUGUUGAAGGAGAGAGUCAUGACUGCUGCUGUCAAGGUUUUGGAUGAAUGUCUUCGGGCUAUUUCUGGCUUUAAAGGAACUGAAGAUCUUUCAACUGAUAAAUCUCUUGACAGUCCAUUUACGUCUGACUAUGAGAAAACAAAGGCAAUCUCAUCAGCUCCAUCAUACAGUUUAGAGACCCAUGUUUCAACUAUUGAUGGUUCUAAAACAUGUAUCUUGGCAAGUGAGAGAUGGUUGGAAGCAACAAUCAAGCAUAUGCCUUUUAUUAUUAAUCAUUCUUCUGCGAUGGUAAGAGCUGCAUCAGUGACCUGUUUUGCUGGAAUGACUUCUCCCGUUUUCUUUUCCCUUCCCGAGGAUAAACAGGAAUACAUAAUUGAAUCUUCAAUUAAUGCUGCUCUAAAUGAUGGGGUUCCUUUAGUUAGGUCAGCUGCUUGCCGAGCCAUUGGUGUCAUUGGAUGUUUCCCACAAAUAUAUCAUAGCGCAGAGGUCCUGGAAAAGUUUAUCCAGGCUGCUGAGCGCAACACUUGUGAUUCACUGGUUUCUGUGCGUAUUACAGCUUCAUGGGCAUUAGCAAACAUAUGUGAUUCUCUUAGUCAUUGCUUGGAUGCACUUCAUGCUAGAAGAGGUUCAAUUGGAUCUAGAAAAUGUUAUGAAUUCACAUCACUGCUAGUAGACAGUGCGUUGCGUCUGGCAAGGGACAAUGACAAGGUAAAAGCAAAUGCCGUUAGGGGUCUAGGAAAUCUUGCAAGAUCUAUCACAUUUACAAAACAAUUACCUGUUAAUGGUGAUCCACUGGAUUUUAUGCAUUCUAAAAUUGAAUCCCACGGCGUACAAGGAUUCAAGGAUCAUAUGAAAGAAAGGUCACAAUCAGUUCAAAGUUCUUCGGGGAGUUCUGUUUGGCUUGAUCAGAUGGUGAAAGCAUUUCUUUCUUGUGUCACGACUGGAAACAUUAAGGUUCAAUGGAAUGUAUGUCAUGCGUUGAGCAAUUUAUUUUUGAACAAGUCUUUGAAGCUGCAAGACAUGGAUUGGACCUCAUCUAUAUUUAGUAUCCUUUUGUUGCUACUUCGGGAUUCUUCAAAUUUUAAGAUAAGGAUACAAGCUGCUGCCGCCUUGGCUGUACCAGAAAAUAUAAAUGAUUAUGGAAAAUCAUAUUAUGAUGUCGUUAAAAGUGUGGAGCAUGUUGUUGAGAACUUUAAAUCAGAUCAGAUUUCUGAACCUUCUAACUUCAAAUACCGGAUUGCUCUGGAAAAGCAGUUGACUUCAACAAUGCUGCAUCUACUAGUUCUUGCAUCAAGAUGUGACCAAGGAGCUAUACAAGAUUUACUUGUGAAAAAAGCAUCAUUCCUUGAGGUUUGGGUUGAAGAACUGUGCUCAUCUGUUGGGGAUACAAGUAAUUCACGUGAUGAGGCAAAACAUGCGUCUAUUGACCAGAAAAAGGAUGUUAUAUUCAGAACAAUUCAGUCACUGAUUGAGGUGUAUGAAAUCAGUAAUCAUCUCAUUGCUCAAAAAUUUGAAAAAUUGGCCAGUAGCUUGCUCUAAAUGAGUGUAGUAAGAAGACAACAAGGAAUAGAGAGGUGUUUAUAUAUAGCUUGCUCUAAAUGAGUGUUGUAGUAAGAAGACAGCAAGGAACAGAGAGGUGUUUAUAUAUAGCUUGCUCUAAAUGAGUGUUGUAGUAAGAAGAGGUAGGUAACAAAUGAACACUACAUGUUAAAACCAGCAAUAUGUUCAUAGGUUCUUUAGCUAUGAAUAUUGUUUAUAUCUCA